AUGACAUCACGGGCCACCUUACGUCAGGUACCUACGAUCACCGCCAAGUUUGUAUGCCAACGGAAGUACCCGUUUAUCGCCGUCGUUUCCGGCCAAAUUUUCUGGAUUCUGAUCCUUUGGAUUUCUCACUCUUCAGGAUCCAUUUGGCUUCGAGCUCACAUUCAAUGUGCACCAUGUCCUCAUAUCUCCUUUGAAUCGACAAAACUACCUUAUCGGCCGGACUUAUUCCAGGUGAUCCACGCCAUGGAAGAAGGAACUGCCACUGGGCCCUCUGAGCCCCCUCCGCUCCCAUACACCUUACACACAAGGAAGAAGUCUAUUGCGAUAUUCUGGAUUAUCUUCGUGGUCGACACUCUGGCUCAACCCUUGAUCUUGUACUGGUGUCUUUGGUAUCUGACCGAUCUAUCGCACAACUUGGUCUUCUCGAUCGUCACUGCAUCGCUCGGGGGUGUAUCAGUCUUCGAGUACUUCUAUCGUCUUUAUAACCUUUUCCGAAAAAACUCGCGCGCCCGACCCCUGAACGCCCGGUCAUCAUGGCUCGACUUCUUUCAGAUCAACUUCACAAUCGUGUGGCUCAUUCUCGCUGUCAUUCUUGUCGUUGGAUCGGUCCCUGAAGAACCAUAUGUCCGUCUUGUGGCCAUGGUCCUCCCAGCUGUCAUGUUCUACUUUGGUAUCGUCUACCUCUCACUCGACAUCUUCCGCAUGCUGGGCUACAAAGCCCCAUUCCGAAUCUCGUCGACGCCCAAGGGCUCCGUUAUGCCGACUGCAUUAUACGCCUUGAUUGAGGAUGUUGUCGCAGUUGAUGGCGGUGGUGGUCAGAUCUACCGUUAUGCUCUUCGGACACGAUACCUAUCGAGUCCCUACUUCCGACGUAUGCUGUUCGAAAUGAACUGUUUCUGGAGUGGCGGGUCCAUCGUUUUUGCUGCUGCCAUCACUGCCGUCGUGUUCACGGUACAGGAAAAUGUUGCGUUUACGUUGGGCUGGUCCCUUCCAUUUGCAUGGGCUAUUGUUUGGACAUUGAUCACAAUCCCUUGGGUUCAAAGUGACCUACGCCGUGAAAAGAAGGCGUGGGCAGAGAACCGUGGCCAAGGCGGAAUUCCUUGGGUUGACGACAUCGAUGCACCUACAGCACGGACUCGUUUCGCGUCUGUGCAGGCUAACGUUUGGCCUUGGACCCGCGAUAAGCAAAGCGCUCCAUCGACAUCCUCAGAGGGUGCCGGUGUUGAGAAAGUUGUCGAUGGGCCCAUCGAUGGACCCUCGAACGAAUCACACGAGAUGGUUCACAAUCCAUCUGGCAGUGCUCCCAAUGGGUUCUCUCACCUACCCGACGGAACCCAUGAUGGACCUAUCCAAGACAGCCCUGAUACCAAAGAAUCAGACAAGUCACCCGUAUAA